UGUGUGAUCCCUGUUUCCGGCUCGCUCUCCGCAGCGCGGCUCGGCAGGAAUUUUUAAAGCCGCCUACAGCUCGUGCCCUCGCAGUGUGAACACCUCGGGUCACCUCAAAGUCAUUUACACUUUAAUCACUUUAUUUUUUAAUUUCUCAAACAAUUCCACCUCCUGAAUAGAGUCAAGACAUGGCAUCGGACUGCCAGUUCACCGAUUCCAUCUCCAACGACGGGGAAGAGGAAUUUGAGCAGAUGUUGAAGCGGAUCGGUGGAAAGGGGAAUAUUUAUUUGGUAGGAGACGCGGACGGAGAGAACAACUGCAGUCUUUUCCAGGAGUUUAUCAUGGGCAUGUUUCACACCGAGGUGCACAUCCGCAAGGACAAAAAUGCAAACCUCGGCAACAGGAACAUCAAAAAUGCCGCUGCGGAACACUGCUCUGAUGCCAACAGGGCUCCGGGGAAAGGAGACGACAACGCCGACGUGGACCAGAAACGCGCCGCAGCCAAGCGCAGAUUCUCCGCGCACAACGGGCGGGCGAUCCGCUGCGCCGUCAUCAUCUUCAUCUUCAGACACGAAUACAUUCAGAACAAGGCGAACCAUGUGUGUAUGGAGGAGAUCCUGAGGGACAUAAAGGUUCGAGUGAAGAAAAAUCACGGCGUUCGUCAGGCGUUAAUGGGCCUUGUUCAUGCCGACACUGAAAGCUCAGAGUCUCAUGAGUCUGUCACACUCCUUAAGGAGACAAUGAGAUCUGUGUUCAUAAAACAUCCACAUGACUCCAUAUGGACUGGCCAUUUUAUUCCUAACACUGCAGAUGCCAUCGAGAACAUCAAGAGGAAUGUCUGCAAAGCUGUGAAUGUGUCUCAUAAUCCAGAUAACAUCUUGAGCCGCAAACGAAAUAUUUUCUGGCUGUUGUUACAGCAUUGGAUAAGGAGAGGACGUACAGAACGAGCCGGAGCGGCCGCACAUGUUCAGGCACAGAACGGUGAUCCUGAAAGCCCAGAGGAAGGAAUUCCAUUACAGACACAAUCCAAAUCACAAUCCUGAUAUCAGGUUUAUUAACAGACUGAUAAAUGACCAGAUGACCUGUGAAAGGCACCAAGCUGAAAUGUACCUGCUGUAUUUUUGAUUUAUUAUCUCAUAGGAAGGGUGAAGGAGCAUUGGGAUAUGAAGUUUACUGCUGCUGCUGCUUUGUAGUCCAUCAAAAUAAAAUUCAGGACCUUUAAA